AUGGCUCCUCGACCCCGUCUAGAAGGCAAAGUCGCCAUCGUAACAGGAGGCGCAUCGGGAUUCGGCAAGGGAAUUGUUGCUAAAUUCGUGGAAGAAGGGGCUCGCGUCAUCAUCGCCGACCUCUCAGAGGAAGCUGGUCGAACUGUGGCUCAGGAGUUGGGAUGUACCUUCGCAGUGACCGACGUAACGAAGCGUGAGGAUUGGGAACGCCUUCUCCAGAUGGCUCUGGAUACGUUCAGCCAGCUUGAUAUUGUGGUGAACAAUGCUGGAGCGACGUAUGCCAACAAACCAACCGAGGAGGUGACGGACAAAGAUUUCGACCUCGUCAUGAACGUUAAUGUCAAGUCCGUAUAUAUCUCUACCAACGUCAUCUUACCCUACUUUCUCGAGAAGAAGAAGCCUGGGAACUUUAUUCAGGUCGCUUCCACUGCCGGUGUCCGGCCACGCCCGAGGCUUACCUGGUAUAACGCCUCGAAAGCAGCUGUCAUUAAUGCUACCAAGACGAUGGCAGUCGAGUAUGGACCUCAACAAAUCCGGUUCAACGCGGUCUCUCCGGUGGUGGGAAGCACAGGGAUGACGCACCUGUUUAUCGGCAAGCCCAACACCGCAGAGAACCGAAAAGCCUUCGAGUCUCUAAUUCCGCUGGGCAGAGGCUCGACGCCGGAGGACGUCGCUAACGCUUGUUGUUAUCUGGCUAGCGACGAAGCUGCCUUUAUCACUGGGGUCAACAUCGAGGUGGAUGGUGGAAGAUGCGUCUGA